CCCGGCCCCGGCCCCGGCCCCCGCCCGCAUGGGCCCCGACCCGCUCCUGGCGCUGCUGGUCGCCGUCCUGCUGGCGCGCUUCCUCCUCUGGUCCUGCCUCGGCACCUACAUUGAGUAUAAACUGGGCCGGAGGCAGCCCCGCAAGCCCAAGGAGGACUAGGGCCCCUCCCCGUCGGGAGGGCCGGGCCGGGCUGAGGCCGAAGGUGCGCGGGCCGCGGGGCGGG